UUUUUUGUUUGAUUUUUGCAAAAACAAAUACGUAACAACGACAGCGGCGUUGCUGCUGUAUAUGUGUAUAUUAAUGCGCAUAUGUGUGCAUAUGCGUGUGUGUGUAUGUAAGCAUACCAGCUGAGCGUGCCAAAGAAACAGAGAGAGCAGAGAGUGCGAGUGAUAACUGCAUUGCCGCUCUCUAUGUGUGUGGGGAACUUGUUGCUUUCAUCGCAACGCCUCACGACUCGCGACCGUUACAGACAGAAGCCGUAGUUGAGUUCAAGUGACGACGUCGCCAACUGAGAACGACAAAAACAAAAGCCAAAGCAAAACAAAAAUAAUAUUCCGUUUGAUUGAUAUAAAUGAGUAUAUGCAGCCCCAAAUGGAAAAAUCACUUUAAUGUGCAAGUGUUGCCGUUUCGAUUUUAAUUGGCGCGCGCAGCUACAAUAAAAAAAAGCACAACAAAACUCAACAAAAUACAGACAAUACAGUGCCCGUAAGCCGCUUAACGAAGUGCAAUAGUAAAAAAAAAUUCAAAAAAGCCAAAGCAAAACAAAGAAAUAGUAAUAAUAAGUGGUGGAAGGAGGAGGUGGUGUUGAAGCGUGUAAAAUACAAUUUGAGUGCCAAACUUCAGCUUUCAAUUAACAAUACGAACCAUGAAAAAACACAAAAUAGUAGUAUAAGGAAAUCAACAAGUGUGUGACGUUUGCUUUAUAUAUUCAUUCGUCUGGUCUGCUUCGCUUUCAUUCAUGCGGUCAACUAGAGUCAACAGCCAUAACAGCAGCAAAUGUGUGCCUGAUAAAAAGCAAAAACAAAAGUAACUGCAGCAACGACGACAAAAACAACAACCAACAACGUUCAGCUGGCCAGAGAGCUUUUAUAUUGCUAAGCAUGACUCUUAUGUGAUUGUAAACGGAUCGAGUUGAUGAUAAGAACGUGCACUCGUUUAUUAUUAUGAAGCACCCACAAGAUCUGACAAUAGUCGAUGAACAGCAGCUAAUGGAGAUUAAUAAAGUUGAGCAAAUGGAACAGGAGUUAAAUGAGCAAGAAUCGGCUGAAAGUCAUAUUAUGCAUGCGGAAGCGUUACCCGUGGGGCAUCCUGCAGGAUCUCCCAUUGGACAUGCUCUGAGUCCAAAUGGCGUCGGAUUGGGACUCAGCAACAGCAGCAACCAGAGCAGCGAGAAUUUUACGCUCUGCAAUGGCAACAGCAAUCCAAGCAGCAGCAGCAACAACAAUAACAAUAAUAAUAACAAUAUGUACUCACCAAACAAUAAUAGCGGAAAUGGCAGCAAUAACCAACAGCAACAGCAGCAACAACAACAACAGCAGCAGCAACAACAAUCACCAACUGUUUGCGCCAUUUGCGGAGAUCGCGCAACAGGUAAACACUAUGGAGCCUCAAGUUGUGAUGGAUGCAAAGGUUUCUUCAGACGCAGUGUGCGCAAAAAUCAUCAGUAUACCUGCAGAUUCUCGCGAAACUGUGUUGUGGACAAGGAUAAGCGCAAUCAAUGUCGGUACUGUCGUCUGCGCAAAUGCUUCAAGGCGGGCAUGAAGAAGGAGGCGGUGCAGAAUGAACGUGAUCGCAUCAGCUGCCGUCGUACCUCCAACGAUGAUCCCGAUCCAGGCAAUGGACUCUCAGUCGUCUCUCUGGUUAAGGCGGAGAACGAGUCGCGACAGUCGAAAGCUGGCGCUGCGAUGGAACCGAACAUCAAUGAGGAUCUCUCCAACAAACAGUUUGCCAGCAUCAACGACGUCUGCGAGUCAAUGAAACAACAGCUUCUCACCCUCGUCGAAUGGGCCAAACAGAUACCGGCCUUCAAUGAACUGCAACUGGAUGAUCAGGUAGCUCUUCUUCGGGCCCAUGCUGGAGAGCAUCUACUGUUGGGUCUGUCACGUCGUUCGAUGCAUCUAAAAGAUGUACUGCUACUUAGCAACAACUGUGUCAUCACCAGACACUGUCCAGAUCCACAUGUCUCACCCAAUUUAGACAUUUCGCGGAUUGGUGCUCGCAUCAUUGAUGAACUGGUAGUUGUGAUGAAGGAUGUGGGCAUCGAUGAUACAGAAUUCGCCUGCAUUAAGGCGCUGGUCUUCUUUGAUCCCAAUGCUAAGGGUCUCAACGAGCCACAUCGUAUCAAAUCGCUGCGCCAUCAGAUACUCAAUAAUCUAGAGGAUUACAUUUCGGAUCGACAGUACGAGUCACGCGGUCGCUUUGGCGAGAUCCUCCUAAUUUUGCCGGUGCUUCAAUCGAUCACCUGGCAGAUGAUCGAACAAAUCCAAUUCGCCAAAAUCUUUGGUGUAGCACACAUCGAUUCCCUGCUGCAGGAGAUGUUGCUGGGUGGUGAACUGGCGGACAACUGUCCACUGUCGCCCCCCAAUCAGCCAAAUGAUUAUCAGAGUCCCACGCAUACCGGCAACUUAGAUGGUGGCCAGGUGAGCUCCACGCUCGAAACCUUGGCAACGGCAACCAGCGGUUCACAUGGUCUUGAUCUGGAUGUGCAGCACAUUCAGGCGCUCAUCGAGGCGAACAAUGCGGAGGACACAUUCCGUGCCUAUGCCAGCAGCAACACGUCCACCUCCACCACGAUCACCCCAGGUCUGCCCCCGACAGCUGCAGUGACGCCACCAUUGAGCAGUGCUGCCUGCAGUCCCAAGUCACAGGAGAGCGUUUACAUGGACGCAGUGGUAGCACGGCAACAAUAUGGCAAUAUCCAGCAGCACAAGAGCCAACUCAUGCACAGUCCCCAGCGUGUGCAUCCCUACCAAAGAAUGCCCACUUCACCGGUGGAUGGCACCGCUAGUCUGGGCAUGCGCAAUCCUGCGGAUAUCACGCUCAACGAAUACAAUCGCAGUGAGGGAAGCAGCGCUGAUGAAAUGUUGCGCCGCACGCCGCUCAAGAUACGUGCCACAGAGCUGCUGACCCCCAGCUAUAAAAUGGAGCCAUGUCGCAUGACACUCAAACAGGAGCCCGAAACGGGCUAUUAACUGGUGCAAUAAGCUUAGCUACCGUAAAACUACUCCACCUCCAGUCCCCUCUCCCCUUCUUUAACUCGCUUACUGUCUCCCAAACCCGGUUUUCCCUCCAAUGAUAAUGAGAGCCCCCUCUUGCUAACUGCUAAGUGCCUAAAUACAAAGCUUACUUAAUUGUUAUUGCCUUGAACUUUUUGAUACCUUUUUACUAGAUCUUAAGUAGGUAUUUUGGAAAUUGUUGCUUAAUAUGUAAACACACAAUUGCAAUCUAUUUUUGUAUUUGAUUAUGCGAAGUGAAAUGAUUUGAUUUGAAUUAAAUUGAAGUGAAGUAACGAAGUGAAAAGAUAUGUAUGUAAAGUCAGAUGAUUUGCUCAAAAUAUUAUGCUAUAAGUACUAUAUAUAUGUACGUAGUACGUACAGUCAGUUUGUUGGUUAUCUAUAUUUUAAUAUACAGACAUAUACAUAUAUUAUAUACAAUUGCAUAUUAGAGAUAUGUGUAUGCAUAUAUUUUUCAUAUAUGCAAUACUUUGUUUUAGGUUAGGGUGUUGUUUAGUAGCGUAAAAUCUAUUAUAUGAGUAUAUUUAAUACUUAGCUGAUCAAUGAUGAAGAAUUAUUUUUAUAUGAAUAUAUCUAUGUAUAAAAUACAAAUUAAUUUAAUAUGGCUGAGUGAA